CUUUAUAUAUAUUAAUUUUGAUUGCUUUGGUUGACGAAUCUUCAUCGGGAAUCGGUUCAUAAACCACAGUUCGAAAAGUUCUUCAUUUUGUAAGACUUUCUCCUGUGAUGAUUCAACAUAUGACAAAUGAACUGUCAUGAGUAGAUGACAAACAUUGAAUUUUCAUAACAUAAUUAUGUUAUACAUUCAGUCAAGAGUUAAUAUCUUUCUAUUAAGAUUUGAAUUAAAAGUUAUCUUAUAUAUCGUCCCAAUUUCAUCAGUGUCCCUUGGGGGACAAAAUUAGCUUUAAUUAUGACAAAAAGUUAAUUAAUAUAAAUGUCGUGUAUCCAUCGUUUGAUUGAGAUUGUUAUAAUUUUUGUAUUGUUCACAAUAAAUUUUUUUUAAUUUUCUGCACAAACAAUACCAACAUUAUUUUUUGGGUAAUGACUAUUUAUUAGCCAAACUUUUUUCAGAUUAUUUUUUAUAGUCAAACCUAUCGAAAUACUAAGAAUUAGUCAAAUGUUAACUUUCAGUUUGCAAUUUUUUUAGUAAUAUUGAUUUCACAACAUGAUAUUAACUUAGAAGAGACACAUGAAGGUCAACGUUCCAAAAUUUUAGUAUUUUAACUAAGAAAAGAGUUACAAAAUUAUUAACGAUAACAUAAAAUGACUAAUAUUUUGAUGUAUUUCGAAAAAUUUGAAGAAUUGAUAGCAUUUUAAUAGAUUUGGAUAAUAGAAAAGAUUAAAAAAUAUUUGAAUGAAAAAUAGACAUUACCCUUAUUUUUUUAUGUGAAACAAACUAGUGAAACUACCACUGAAAAUAAUAAAAUGUGGUAUUUCAAUUAUAUUUCUAAAUUUUUCUAGAUAUUUAUUUAUUAUAUUAAACACGAAAUAUAAAUGUGAUUAUCACUCAAAAAAUUAAUAUAAUUAAAUCAAUUUUCUUAAUUACAUUGUAUUGGAGACUCAAACCAUUUUUUUUUAUAUAAAAAAAAAUGAGUACCCGCCACUGGUUCUGGCGAGCAUUUCGUCCGGGGUAAUUAGUUCAAAAGUGCGGGGGCAAAUCAGGAAGUAAGAAAGAGGAAGCAUGGAUUUUUCGACUCGUCGUCUCGCAUUAUUCACGUAAGGUGUUGUGCAUUGGAAACGAAAAGCCAAACAAACAACGGUCACCAAGUGCGGGUGCACUAAGAGAGAAAUUUCGACGCAACUCAGAGAAGAGAGAGAUAGAGCGAAGGAAACGGGAAUUUUCCCCCCCAGAGAAAGUGGAAUCGCAGGGGAAAUUGCAAAAUCACGGUCGCCGGAGAAAGGGAAUUCCAUGCCGUCGUUUCUUCCGGUUCACAGAAAGGUCCUCUGGCUCCGCUGCAACAACAAGGUUACGAUGUGACGUUUCCAUGUGGUCUUUGUUUCUAGCUUGCCGAACACGUCCUCCAUUCCGACAGAGAAAGACAACAGCGCAAUGACAAGGUUUCUACGUUGCGCGUGAGACGGAGCCGGAUAUAGCGAAAGCGUCCGUCGAUUGUUCCUUUUCGCCGGAGAUUGGAUAUUGUAGGAUCACAUUUGACCUGAAUUGAGGAGCAAUUCGUAAACGUUGUGGCUUACAUUGUGCAUUCUGAGACCCUAGGGUUUACGGACUCUGCCUCUCGGAUCAAAAUCUGAUCGACUUUGCAAUCAACGAUGGUUGCUUCAGUGAAUUUUGCAGUGGGAUCUCUAGUCUGGCUAGAGGAUCCUGAUGUCUCUUGGAUAGAUGGGCAAGUUUUGGAAAUUAAUGGCGAUGAACUUAAAGUACAAUGUACAUCAGACAAAACAGUUGUUUGUAAAGCAUCUAGUGUGUACCCCAAGGAUCCAGAGUUUCCAUCAUGCGGUGUAGACGACAUGACAAAACUUGCAUAUUUGAAUGAACCAGGAGUGCUGCAGAAUCUAAAAGUUAGAUACGACAUAAAUGAGAUCUAUACUUACACAGGAAAUAUAUUGAUAGCUGUGAACCCUUUCCGGAGACUUCCUCAUUUGUAUGAUGGUCAUAUGAUGGAACAAUACAAAGGGGCUGCCAUAGGUGAGCUGAGUCCACAUCCUUUUGCCGUAGCAGAUUCAGCAUAUAGACAGAUGAUCAAUGAUCGAAUAAGCCAGUCCAUUUUAGUUAGUGGGGAAAGUGGAGCCGGUAAAACAGAGAGUACUAAAAGUCUUAUGCGUUAUUUGGCCUUUAUGGGCGGUAGAGCUGCAGAUGAAGGACGUUCUGUGGAGCAGAAAGUCUUAGAGUCCAAUCCUGUUCUUGAAGCAUUUGGGAAUGCAAAGACCGUUAGGAAUAAUAACUCAAGUCGCUUUGGGAAGUUUGUGGAGCUCCAGUUUGAUGACAGAGGUAGGAUUUCUGGAGCUGCCAUCAGAACAUAUUUGCUGGAGCGUUCUCGUGUUUGUCAAGUCUCUAGUCCGGAGAGAAAUUAUCACUGCUUUUACAUGCUCUGUGCCGCUCCCCCAGAGGACAUAAAGAAGUUCAGAGUGGGAAGUGCUAGGUCAUUCCGUUAUCUAAAUCAAUCAGAAUGCAUUGAGUUGGAUGGAAUAGACGACCCAAAGGAGUAUGCUUUGACCAGAAAUGCUAUGAGUGUUGUUGGGAUAAGUGAUGAAGAGCAGGAUGCAAUAUUCCGAGUUGUGGCUGCAGUACUACAUCUAGGAAACGUUGUGUUUGCAAAAGGAAGUGAGCCUGAUUCCUCCGAACCUAAGGAUGAUGAUGCUCGCAACCAUCUCAAGAUAGCAGCAGAACUUUUCAUGUGUGAUGAAAAGGGUCUCGAGGAUUCCCUGUGCAAACGUGUAAUUGUGACCCGUGAUGAUAAGAUAUUGAAGGUUCUCGAUCCUGUAGCUGCAACAAUCAAUAGAGAUGCUCUGGCAAAAAUUGUUUAUUCAAGGCUUUUUGAUUGGCUGGUGAACAAGAUCAAUAGCUCUAUCGGUCAAGAUCCUAGUUCAAAAAUUUUAAUUGGGGUUCUGGACAUAUAUGGGUUUGAGAGUUUCAAGACAAACAGUUUUGAGCAAUUUUGUAUAAAUUUAACCAAUGAAAAGUUGCAGCAGCAUUUCAACCAGCACGUUUUCAAGAUGGAGCAAGAAGAAUACACCAAGGAACAGAUCAACUGGAGCUAUAUAGAAUUCAUUGACAACCAGGAUGUUCUUGAUCUAAUUGAAAAGAAACCUAGUGGUAUCCUUGCUCUUCUUGACGAGGCCUGUAUGUUCCCUAGAUCAACAAACGAAACAUUUGCACAAAAGCUUUACCAGACUUUUAAGGAUCACAAACGCUUCAGCAAGCCUAAGUUGGCACGUAGUGACUUCACUGUGGUUCACUAUGCUGGGGAUGUAACAUACCAAACUGAAUUCUUUCUGGAUAAAAACAAAGACUAUGUAGUUCCUGAACAUCAAGCCAUCCUCAGUGCAUCUAAAUGUCCCUUCGUGUCGGGCCUGUUCCCCCCAUUACCAGAGGAAUCUUCUAAAUCAUCAAAGUUUUCAUCCAUUGGUGCUAGAUUUAAGCAACAACUGCAAUCUCUGCUUGAAACAUUAAAUGCUACGGAGCCACAUUAUAUCCGUUGUGUAAAGCCAAACAAUGCCCUAAAGCCAGCCAUCUUUGAGAAUACAAAUGUCCUACAGCAGCUACGUUGCGGAGGAGUAUUGGAGGCCAUCAGGAUUAGUUGCGCUGGGUAUCCGACUAGAAAAAAUUUUAACGAGUUCAUUGCUCGCUUUGGGAUUCUGGAGACUAAUGUUGCUAGUUGGAGCUGUGAUGAGGUAACUGCUUGCAAGAGGAUUCUAGAAAAGGUGAAACUUGAAGGUUAUCAGGUUGGCAAAACCAAAGUCUUCCUCAGAGCAGGGCAGAUGGCCGAACUGGAUGCUCGCCGGACUGAAGUAUUAGGAAGAUCAGCAGCCAAAAUCCAAAUGAAAUUUCGCUCAUACCGUUGUCGCAAAAGAUUUGUAUUGUUGCGACAAUCUGCUAUCGAAAUCCAAAAUGUGUGCAGAGGUCAAAUAGCACGCCAUCGGUUUGAAUGUCUAAGAAGAGAAGACGCUUGUGUAAAGAUCCAGAAGUAUUAUCGCAGGUUUCUUGCAAGAAAAUCUUAUAACAGUAUGUACUCCUCAGCAGUGUGCAUUCAGGCAGGUAUGCGUGGAAUGGCUGCUCGUAAUGACCUCUUAUUCAGGAGGAAGAAGAAAGCUGCAAUUUUGAUUCAGAGUCAAUGCAGAAGGCAUUUGGCACGACUACGCUAUUUGAAGUUGAAGAGGGCUUCAAUUGCCAUGCAGUGUGCCUGGAGGGGCAGAGUUGCACGUCGAGAACUAAGGAAGCUUCGUAUGGCUGCUAAGGAAACUGGUGCUCUUCAAGAAGCUAAAAGCAAGCUAGAAAAGGAAGUGGAAGAACUAACCUGGCGCUUGCAGCUGGAGAAACGGAUCAGGGCUGAUGUUGAGGAAGCCAAGACACAAGAAAAUGCAAAACUACAGGCUGCUUUGAAAGAGUUGCAACUUGAAUUCCAAGAAACUAAAGACAAACUUACCAAGGAGUGCGAGGCUGCUAAGAAAGCUUCUGAGCAGGUCCCGGCAGUACAGGAGGUUCCAGUUGCUGACCACGAACUGGUGAACAAGAUCACUGCAGAGAAUGAAACUCUCAAGGCUACGGUACGUGAAUUGGAAAGGAAAAUUGAAGAGACAGAGAAGAAGUACGAGGAGACGAGUAAACUUUGUGAAGAAAGGCUGCAGGAGGCUAAAGAUGCAGAAGCAAAGAUAACAGAGUUGAAAGCAACCGUGCAGAGUCUCGAAGGAAAACUUGUGGAAAUGGAAGCUCAUGGAGAAGCUUUGCACCAGCAAGUGCUAUCCAACUCAUCUCAGCCUCUGGAAAAUGGCCAGGAUGGAAACGAACAAAAGCUUGAUUCUGAUUCAUAUGAAAAAUUCAAGAAAUCUCAGAUUGAAAGGCUACAUGAGAAUGUAGAUGUUUUAAUCACAUGCGUGGAGAAAAAUCUUGGAUUUUGCCAAGGAAAACCAGUGGCGGCAAUCACCGUAUACAGGUGCCUUGUCCAGUGGAAUGCAUUCGAGGCAGAAAAAACAAGUGUCUUUGAUCGGGUUAUACAGACAAUUGGUAUUGCAUUCGAGAAUCAAGAUGACAAUGAACAGAUGGCCUACUGGCUCUCCAAUACCACAAUGCUAUUAUUCUUACUUCAACGGACACUAAAAGGCAAUGGCGGGAGUCAAAAUCCAGCUGCUCCAACAUCAUUUUUUGGGAGGGUGGCUCAAAGUUUUCGGGGGCCGGCGUUUACUGACGUGAAAGUUGGUAAAGAUGUUAUACGAGUGGUUGAGGCCAAGUAUCCUGCAUUGCUUUUUAAGCAACAGCUUACAGCAUAUGUGGAAACAAUGUAUGGGAUCAUCCGAGACAAUUUAAAAAGAGAGAUAUCACCGUUGCUGGCUUCAUGUAUCCAGGCACCCAGGGCAAAGGGAAAUGCUUUAAGAGCCUCUGUGAAGUCAUUUGGACAAGCUGGUCCGUCUACUAACUGGCACAGUAUAGUCGACAACCUUGAAGCACUGCUAUGUACAAUGAAAGAAAACUUUGUGCCUCCAUACCUUACUCAAAAGAUCUUCUCUCAGAUUUUUGCGCAUAUCAAUGUACAGUUGUUCAAUAGCCUGCUCCUCCGUCGGGAGUGUUGCACAUUCAGCAAUGGUGAAUUUGUGAAAUCAGGCUUGGCCGAAUUAGAGACCUGGUGCGGUCAAGCAAAAGAAGAGUUUGUAGGGUCUGCGUGGGAUGAACUAAAACACACAAGGCAAGCAGUUGGAUUCCUGGUGAUUCACCAAAAAUCCAGGAUAUCCUAUGAUGAUAUCGCCAAUGACCUUUGCCCUAUAUUGAGCGUUCAACAACUGUACAGAGUCUGCACGUUGUACUGGGACGACAACUACAACACACGAAGCGUCUCCCCCGACGUGAUAUCCAACAUGAAAGUUUUGGUAGCAGACGAUUCCAGCAACGACCAUUCCUUUUUGUUAGAGGACAGUGCAAGGCUGCCAUUCUCAGUGGACGAGAUAUGUAAUUCCUUCCAAGAGAAGGACUACUCUGAAGUGAAGUCUCCUGAAGAACUGACCGAGAAUUCCGACUUCCAAUUCUUAGUUGAAUAGGGAUGCUCGUCGUCUUCCUCAACCAACCAACUGAAUCAUCAAAUUUUGUAUAUCCCGAGUCUUUACGUUUUCUUUUUUUUUGUACUCUCCAAGUGAAGCAGAUGUCGUAAAUUUACCAGAUCAAGUUAUAGGAUGGAUAGAAGAAGGCAGCCAGACGGUCGCAAGAAGAAGAAGAAGAAGAAGAAGAACAAUAACUUAGGAUGGUUCUCUCAUACAAGUAGUUGGCUUAGUAGCUUGCUUGCAUAUAAUUUUCUUCAUUCGUGCAACCAACCACAGAGGUAUUCUUUCGUUUCGUUGCCUUUCGCUAAGAGUAAGGUUCCAUUUUUGUAAGAGAUAGGGCCGAGAAUAAUGAUACCGAUGCCGUGGUUAAUGGACUUUCAAGUGGUACUGGGCUGGGAAAUGGGCUCUAUCUAUCGAGAUUGGGCCAACGGCCAUGUCUACCUUGGAUCCUUUCAAUUUCUCAUGCUUUUCUUUGUCAGAGAACGUGGGCUAAUGGGAAAACAGAGUCUGAGAGAAGAAAGAAAACGGUUGUAUAAUUUGUGGGUUAUAAUUAUAUCACUUGCAACUUGUAGACAGCAUGUCAAAUCAAUGUAAUGCUUGUGUUCUGGCCAGUCUUACCCACCUCGGAUGCCAACAACGACUACAACUUGUCAGGGAGGCACAUUGUAUUAUUAGCAGAGCAGCAGUCUUUGGUCGGCGGCAACCGGAUUCCGCCGGUCGGUGAGAGCCUUGUUCUGGGGGCUCUUUGCCUCGACUCGCAAUCGUCGUUGUAAUUGCGAUUUGGUUGUGGGUGUUAAUUUUUAAACCUGUCCAUUCAUUUCUAUCCUAAAACUUGAUCGUAUUUGUGUUGACCAAUCUCGCGGGGCUGGUUAGGGUAAGGGGGGUUGAAAUCAGGCGUGUAUUGGGAAUUUGGAGGGGAGAAUGCACAUGCCAGAACCUGCUAUAACCGCGCUUUCAUUACAUAACCUAAAUUACGACUAUGAUAUCUUGGUGGCGCAUAAUAAUAUUAUACCUGUUUGAUUUGCCGUUGACAAAAAAUGAAAAAGAAACCAAACCCAACCACAAAAACAAAAGAGAAUCCCUCUCUCUCUGUGCUGCUCUGACUGAGUGAACCAAACAUUCAUGUGGGGUCACAUGGUUUUCAAUUCAAUUUUCACAGUCACAGAUGAUUCUCUCAUCUCAUCGGCUCAUAUUCGUCUUUGACUGAAAACUAACCAGAAUUAUUAUUAUAUUAAUUAGCAAGAAACAAUCACUUCUCUCCACCACAUUAUUGUCUAAUAAUUGCGCUCUUGCAUUACAUCAUUCCCAUUUCAGUUAUUACCGUUAUGGGAACAGGUGGCAGUUAUAUACAUAUCUCUCUUCCUCCCAGUUUUUUUUUCUUUUCUUUAACAUUACUUAAUCACAAUUUGUUUGGGCCUCGAAAUACAGCCCAUACCAUUAAAUUUUGAGAAUUAGGAGAAAGAUACCAUUAAAGUGAAUUUAGGGCGUUGAACGGAUACCAUGUAACUCAAUCAAAUGUGCAUAAUUCCAUUUUUCCAUCCAUUUUACUAACGGAGAAAAAAAAAACCCAGCCAACUUAGCGUUGACUUCAAUCCACGUAGGUGUUGAGUUGGUUGUUUUUUUUAUCCGUUAGUAAAAUGGAUGGAAAAACGGAAAGGUGCACAUUUGAUUGACUUACAUGGUAUCCGACGCCCUAAAUUCACUUUAGUAGUAUUCUUUUCCCAAUUCUCAAAGUUUAAUGGUAUGGUCUGUAUUUCUCCCGGCUGCAGAAUGAAGAAAAGAAAAGUUUCUUUGAUUUUUUAUAAUCAUCAUUCAAUAAGGAUUGGGUUACAAUACAAAAUUCAGAGCUAUAAAACCUACAAAACUUGUAUUUUAGCACUCAUGAUAUGAUCGUAUUCGGAUGGUAUUAUUCUUAACAAGAAUGGUAAGACAUAGAGAUUUAUAGGGUUUGUAAUUCUUACCAUUUUCCAUUUCAAUUCUUAAAUUCUAGUACAAUGAACAAGAACAUAAAUGAACUUGUAAUAAAAUCAUUUAUCAUUUACCUAUAUUAAAAUAUUACUCAUUUCGAAUUUAGAGUAUAAGUUAACACAAAAAGAAUGCACAUGAUGCACCCAUCUCUAACAUUUGACUAAUAUAAUGAUAUAAAAUAGAAUUACAACUAACUCAUGUACUUUACUCAAAAUAUUGUAUAUAAAAUGAUCAAUAGAUGAAUUAUAGAGUUUCACUUGAAUUUUUCCCCCAUAAAUUCUUAAAAUACAAGUAAAAAGUACAAAUAGCAAAAAACCACAUGUAUUUUAGUAAAUAGGGUUAUAGAUAUAAUAUGCCCAUAUACUAUGUCGUUUUAUCAAACAUGCCCCUUUACUAUUUUUUACAUCUAACAUGCCCCUGUACUUUGGAAAAAUUAUCAAACAUGCCCUUCUAUUAAAAUUUCUAUUGAAAAAAUUGUCAAUCAUAGUUGAACCGAGAUUUAGACGACCCGACAUCGGCAAACGGGAGGAAAAAUGUCAGUUUUGUCCCCUGUUUUAUUUCUCUGGAUCUCGUCAAAGUGAAAUUAUUAGAAUUAUUCGGUUAUACAAAAGAGCCAAAAAAAAUUCUAAAGUGAAAUUAGUAGGGAUAUUUUAGAGAUUUGUGUCGUCCAAACCAAAGUUCGACCGUGGCUAACUGUUUUUGGAUGUAAAUUUUGACAAAAGGGCAUGUUUGAUCAUUUUCCCAAAGUACAGGGGCAUGUUUGUUGUAAAAAAUAGCAAAGGGGCAUGUUUGAUAAAAUGACAUAGCAGAAGGGCAUAUAUUAUACCUAUAACGCUAGUAAAUAUAACACAGUUUAAACAUUUAGGUAAUUUGAGAUGAAUUAGAUGACAUGAGGAAAAUAAAGAUAACGAGAAAAGUAUACAACAUGCAUAAAAAAAUUAUGCAUUCCAACAAAAUAUGAGGUAUUCUUCGUUGGUGUAGCUUCUAAAUUCAAACAAAAUGCUCUGAAAAAAUUGGUUUUAAAGAAGGAAAAGUGCAUGUACGCUAUUUGGGAUUACCUCUGAUCUCAAACAAGCUAUCCAGGAGAGAUGUGAGGUUUUAGAUAGGGCUAGCUAUUUGGUCCCGGACUGUUUGGUUUUACCCGAAACCGGACCGUAUAAUCUGGAUUGGGACUGGAUAGCAAACAAUCCAAUCUCAUAUUCGGGCUUAGAUUUGAGGUAAAAAGCCGGAUAAAGACAGGAUAAGAGACCGCCAACACCUAAAAUCAAAAUCAAAUUGGGACCAGACCUAAUCAAGACCGGACUGUAUCCAAUCCAAUAUUUGGUCCUUAUAUUCCCGAAAAGGCCGGACUGGAACCGGAUCAAUUUUGUCCAAUUUAACCGGAUCGGACCGUAUAGCCACCCCUAGUUUUAGUAGAUAAAUUGACAAGCAGAAUUAGAAGUGGGAGAGCUAAUAAAUUGUCAUAUGUAGG